AUGGACAGUGUGAGAAGCAGAGUUCUUCAGAAGCUGCAGGUCAUAUCAGAUAUGGGCCACCAGCAGCAUCUGGCCCCAGAAAACAUUUUCCUUGCAGCGCUUGAGACUGGAAACCUUAGUCUUGUCCAGCUUCUGGGAUCCAGACAUGCAAACUGUGUGCUGAAUAUCAGAGGAGAGGAAAUGGGGUAUCAGGAACAGACCCCUGCAAGGUUUGGCCUGGCAGGAUUGUGGACUCUGGAAUACACACAAGAGUUAACAUCGCCCUUAUGCAUAACCGCUUCCCACGGUUAUACCGAAUGUGUCCGAUAUCUACUGCACCGCCGGGCCGACCCCAAUGCGGCACCUGGAGGUCGUUCUCCACUCCAUGAAGCUUGCAAUGGAGGGCAUGAUACCUGCGUCCAACUACUGCUGGAACAUGGGGCCAAUCCAAACCACCGCAGUGAUGAAGGUCUUACCCCUCUACACCUCUGUGACACAAAAAACUCUUUAAGAUGUGCAGAGGUGAUCCUACAGCAUGGGACCCUUGUGAAUCAAACCACAGAUGAAAUGCAGGAGACUCCACUCCACAUUGCAGCACGGCUAGGUCUUUUAGACCAUGUAAGAUCAUACCUCCGCUAUGGAGCAGAUGUCCAUGCUAGGAAUGCCAAUGGUGAGACUCCUUUGAUUUCAGCCUGUGGAGGAAAAUGGGAAUAUGAGGAUACAUGCCUGCAAAUUUGCCACCUUCUUCUAGAGAAGGGAGCAAACGUAGAAGCCCAAGACCAGCAAGACAGAAGACCACUCCACUAUGCUUGCAGAAAAGCUGAACACCAUCUGGUGGAGUUGCUUCUUAAAUAUGGUGCAGAUGUCAAUGCUGCCGAUUAUAAUGGAGUCCUGCCUCUGAGCUGUGUGUUACAAAAUGCUGAGCUGUACCAAGACAAGAGACCCCACCUUACUGUACGCGCUCUGCUUAACCGUGGAGCCCGCAGUGUGUGUCCUGAGGCUUUCGGGAAGGUUCUGCGGUGCUGUUCUGGACUCCCUGAAGUAAUUGCACUGCUCUACAACUCAUACUUAAACCUUCAAGUCUGCAGCAGGUGGAGACAAGAUAUCCCACAGGAUGUGUUUCAGACUCAUCAGUCCUUCUACACAAGAUUCUUCGAUGUCUCCGGGAGCGUGCGAUCCCUGCAGCACUUGUGCAGAUUUACACUCCGCAAGCAUUUUGGUAGUCAGUGUCACCUUUUCAUUCCUUUACUACCAGUCCCUACAGUUAUUAAAGACUAUCUUCUGCUUGCCACUGAACAGCGCACCGGCCUGCUCUGAAUCACUAGGCUGCCAGGAAAGCACACUCCUUUGUAAAUGUAACACCCUGCAAAAUUUAUAUUUUUAUUUUUGUAUUGUUCAUUUUUAUUUUCUAAGGCUUGU